AAGUUGUGUCUUCUGAGACCCCCACCCAGAAUCUGAAGUGCAGAGAGGAGAUCACCUAUGAGGUCCAAAGACUCAAACGAUACAAUGGACUGGGGAACGCUGCAGGCAAUUUUAGGAGGGGUAAACAAACAUUCCACGAGCAUUGGAAAGAUCUGGCUGACUGUGCUGUUCAUCUUCCGCAUUAUGAUCCUUGUAGUAGCUGCAGAGGAAGUCUGGGGUGAUGAGCAAGCUGAUUUUGUCUGCAAUACUCUGCAACCAGGAUGCAAAAAUGUAUGCUAUGAUUACUUUUUCCCAGUUUCUCACAUCAGACUCUGGGCACUCCAGCUCAUAUUUGUUUCCACCCCUGCGCUCCUGGUGGCAAUGCAUGUUGCAUACAGAAGGCAUGAAAAGAAAAAGAAGUUCCAAAAGGGGGAAAAAGGCUGUGAAUAUAAGGACAUAGAAGAAAUAAAGAGACAGAGAUUUCAUAUUGAAGGCCCCUUAUGGUGGACAUACACUGCCAGCAUCUUGUUCAGGCUGAUCUUUGAAGCUUCCUUCAUGUAUGUGUUUUACUAUAUGUACCAGGGGUAUCAUAUGCCUCGCCUGCUGAAAUGCAGCAUUUGGCCCUGCCCCAACAUAGUGGACUGCUUUGUUUCCCGGCCCACUGAAAAGACAGUCUUCACCAUUUUCAUGAUUGCAGUGUCUGGCAUUUGCAUUAUGCUAAAUGUAACUGAGUUCUCUUACUUGCUGCUAAAAUUUUGUCUUAGAAGAUCUCGAAGAGCAAGAACACCGAAGAACCACACUAACCAUGAGAACAAAGAAGAAAGUAAACAAAAUGAAAUGAAUGAGCUUAUAUCCGAUAGCUGCCAAAACACAGUAACAGGAUUUCCAAGCAGCUAAAGUGACCAAAAAUGUACCAAGCAUUUGAUACGGAAUGCAUGAAUAGUCACAUUCGUAGCUGUGCAUCAAAUUGGUUAGAUUUAACUAAGCAAUAAAUUGAGUUAACAUAAGUAUUACUACAAGUUGGAAUUAGGCAUGUGUGUUUUCUGAAAGACAACUGUGUAAGAAUGUAAAGAGUAAGAUACUACAUCAUUUAAUGUAUAUUCUUACCAGGUCAGCUUUGAUUUAUGAAAGUGAUACUUGUUAGUGUCUUCAUAUUAAGACUGACCAUACAAUUAAAAGAAAGGAAAUUUACUGCCUUCCAGAAUAGAUACUAUUAGUAUUGCAAGACCCUUCACCACUGUGAUAGCAGUUUUUAAUUGUGAGAUUAAAUUAAAGUAUUUUUAUAAGAU